AGCGAAUGUCGGCCGCAAGAUUUGCCUAUGUGACUUCCUGCCAAAUACUGAGCCUUUCGGUUGAUUAUCUUCUUGUUCAGCGGCUCAGCGGUGACGACGCGAUCUUUUACUUGUUCGAAUGUGAAGGUUAUUUUGAGCGCAGAUGUUAAACGUAAAUGACACCUUGCGUCUCAGACGAUGUUAAAUAAAAGACUCGUUGUGUUGUAGUUCACACGACGGCUCAGAAGGUGGCGCACUUCAUACACAGAGAGAAAGAAUGAGUGGUAAUGUCUGUGCUGAUCCAGAGUCCGAUGUUUUCGCCCUUAACGGUGUGGUGGACGUUUAAAGCUGGAUAAAAGCUGAUCUGGAACCUGCCAACACAGAGCGCCUAGGGAACGUGCAUUCGAUUUAUUCACAAAGGCGUUACAUCCGGGCGGUGUUUACCAAUUUAAGCUUCUUUGAUCUACACGAGGCGACGGUGCCGCUCACUCGGGAGAUACAGAUGACUAAACUGAGGUGUCAGCCUUGAAUUACAAUCAGAGCAGAGGAAUUUAGGAGAAAACGAGAGCCGAGAGUCCGCCGCUUUUUACCUCUGUGGGUGACUUAACACAGGUCCAUGGUAGCGCAACAGAGACGUAGCUUUAAUCCACACGGCGGGACACCCUGGAACAGACGGAGAAACAGCAGGAGGAUGCCGGACAACGCGGCUUCGAUGUGAGAAUCGUUGCGGCAAUAUGUGAGAUGGACCGGGAGAAAACAGCGACCGAGGCCAACGACACCAUGUUGGUCCGGGGCUCGCCUGGCCGAGGCCGAGCCAGAGUCACCCACGCUGUGGUGGUGAUCUUCCUGGAGUUCUUUGCCUGGGGACUUCUGACUACACCCAUGCUCACUGUCCUCCGUGAGACAUUUCCUCAGCACACCUUCCUGAUGAACGGCCUGGUUCAGGGAGUGAAGGGCUUUUUGUCGUUCCUGUCAGCUCCUCUGAUUGGUGCUCUGUCAGACAUCUGGGGCCGAAAGUCCUUCCUGCUUAUGACAGUGUUUUUCACGUGUGCGCCCAUUCCCUUCAUGAGGAUCAGCCCCUGGUGGUAUUUUGCUCUGAUCUCAGUCUCCGGGAUUUUUUCCGUGACCUUUUCGGUGAUCUUUGCCUAUGUCGCCGACAUCACGGAGGAACAAGAGAGGAGCACGGCCUACGGCCUGGUCUCUGCGACCUUCGCAGCCAGUCUGGUGACGAGCCCUGCCAUCGGGGCCUACCUGUCAGCCCAGUACGGCAACAGCCUGGUGGUCCUGAUUGCCACAGUGAUUGCAGUGGCAGACAUCGCCUUCGUGUUCUUCAUCGUCCCGGAGUCGUUGCCGGACAAGAUGAGGCUGACGUCCUGGGGCUUCCCCAUCUCCUGGGAACAAGCUGACCCCUUUGCUUCUCUGCGUCGCGUGGGCAAAGACACCACAGUGCUGCUCAUAUGUGUCACAGUGUUCCUGUCCUACUUGCCUGAGGCUGGACAGUACUCCAGCUUCUUCCUCUACCUGAAACAGGUGAUCGAGUUUUCUCCUGCAGCCAUCGCUGCCUUCAUCGCCAUGGUGGGAAUCCUCUCCAUCAUUGCUCAGACUCUCCUCCUUAGUGUUUUAAUGAGGACCAUUGGUAAUAAGAACACAGUUCUCCUGGGUCUGGGCUUUCAGCUCUUCCAGCUGGCCUGGUACGGCUUUGGCUCCGAGCCCUGGAUGAUGUGGGCAGCAGGAACAGUAGCAGCCUUGUCCUCCAUCACCUUCCCAGCAGUCUCUGCUCUGGUGUCACACAGCGCGUCACCUGACCAACAAGGUGUGGCUCAGGGCAUGAUCACGGGUAUCCGAGGUCUCUGUAACGGUCUUGGUCCAGCUCUCUACGGCUUCAUAUUCUUCCUCUUCAAUGUGGAGCUGGACGACAUAGACCCAGGGGCAGGACGACCCACGGCCAACGUAGAGAAGUCCGUCAUCCCUGGCCCUCCCUUCCUGUUCGGAGCGUGCGCCGUCUUCUUGGCCCUCCUUGUUGCCGUCUUCAUUCCCGACAACCACCACCACCACCUGGUCGACAUCAAGACCUGCUCCGCGCGCAAGUCCAGCGGCGCCGCGGCGGCCACACACGCACAGAGCGCCGGCCCCCUGGCCUCGCCCACCAGUGACACAGAGGACAUUGAGCCACUCCUACAGGACAGCAGCAUGUGACUGACGGCCAGCCCGGCCAAUCGCAGCGCUGUGGCCUGAGCUCCGCUCUGCAGGUUCCACCAAUUUCAAAAAUAAAUUUAUUUCCCCUUCAGAUUUCAGACUGUUCACUCCAGAGUCAGGUAAAGUCAGGUCACAUCGACAGGUUCUGUUUUAUUUCUCCUCCUCACACGUGAAGCUUUGUUCGUUUGUUUGUUGUUUGGUGUCUGAGGCGGAGGAGAGAAUGAAUUUAAACAGUUUGACGGGGUUUUAGACGCGUUGAGACGAGACUGUGAUCACACGUGUGACAGUGGGUCCUGAUUCAGACAAUCAAGCCUCCAGGUUUAUCGAUUAGUAGACUUUUUUGUCUCGUCUCACUCACACUGUCACCUUUCAGUUUGGUCACUAAAGUUUGAGAUCCAGUUACUUCAAUCUCUAAUUUAGACGAUUUAUACGUGGGAAUGAUGUCACUCUAUUUAACACAGAUUUGAACUGACUCCUCCCAUUAUUCCGAGAGAUUAUUUUCACAGUCUCAUCUGUCAACGUCUCUUCUUCCCUCUUCUGUUUUAAAUACAUUCAAAUAAAUGCUCCUCUCCCUCUGACCAGCCUGUCAGAUACAAGAAGUGUUACUGAUGUAGAAUCCAGUCCAGGUCACAUGGUGUGAACGGUCAGUUUGAGUGUAAACCUUUUACAAUCAGUAGGUGUUAAAAAACCAAAUGGUGCCAUGUUUGUUUUUGACAUUUUUCUUCUUCUUUUUUUUUCUUUGUUUACAAAGUUCAAACAUCACAUUCCAAAAAAAAGAGAGAAAUUCAUUGAUGCUCAAGUGUGGAAGAUCUGUGCUUCAUCGUAUUCACCAGGAAACUGUGUUCACGUUUAAUGUCUGCACAGUGUGUUUUUACUCUCAAACAUUCACACUCACUUCUCUCAGCAAUACUCCCUGUUUUUAUUCUUUUUUAAACGUCAAUCUCUGCAGUUUUCCUGUAAGAAAACAAAGAAACGCGUCUGACUGAAUAUUCAACCCAGAUUCAAACAUAACACACACUUUUAUGGCGUUUUCAUCCGUACUAAAGUUAUUUUUCCCUGUCUUUUACGUGCGUUACUCGGCGACUUCUCGCUCAGGGUUCACAUCUGAGAACCAACCGCAGCUUAAAGGAAGUCACUCACUCCAGUUUCCUCUGGACAUUAACAUGAACCGCACAGAUCUUCACAUCUUCACGUGUCACACAGCACAACUAACGCUUUUUUUCCCCCCCUUUGUAUUAACUUUAUAUGCAAUAUCAUCCCAUAAUAAUAAGAUUAAUAAUGAUGAUGUUGCAUUUGGUGUGAACGCACCAUUAGCAUGAAUCUUUAGGCCUUGAAAAAGUUGUCUUCACACUCGGAGUUACUUGAUCCAAAUGUUGUGAGAGAAUAUUUUGUCGAUCGGCUUCAUUUGACUUCACUUUUAUUGGAAGUUAAGUUGUUAAGUUGUCAUCCAGCAGCUUGUGUAUGUAACAUUUUACUGAGAAAACACCUUGAAUUUUAUCAAAUCUUCACACGGAUUUUACACUUGAGCUUUGAAAAGAUUACUGAGGAGGUUUCCGAAGCUUUUAUUUCAUCUGAUGAUGAGAAAGAACUGAUGCAGACACGAACACAACACGACAUGAUGCAGAGUAUUUGCUGAUGCUGCACUUUAAUUUCUCUGAACAUGUGCCUCUAAUCAUUCUCAUGUUCAUAUCUGUUUUCUAUAGAAACCAAGAGACGUUUGUGUGCAUUUGCUUUUAUCUUAAGAACAUAAUGUUGAUUAAUAUCUAUUAUAAUAAUGACAAUAAAGAGAAAUGUAUGGAAUUUCA